ACGAUGGACGUCUCCGCGCUCCUCACGCAGAUGCAAGAGAUCCUAGCAAGCUUACAUGCCACUCUUGCAUCACUUGACCACACGGUCCACGAUACCAAACUUUACGAGCUGGAAAAACGGCGCGAUGACGCCAUCCAGGCUUUGUCCUCUGCGUUUCUUUCCGAGUCCGAGUUCUUGGGCCGGAAGCGGAAGGCAGAGCGUGAGGCGCUCGCGGAGUGGCGAAGGAAGGAGGACGAGGAGCGCGCAAGACGGAGGCAGGAAGAAGACCAGAAGAUGGCCCAAAGGAAUCGAGAGGAAGACGCGGCCCGAGAUAGAAAGCUUACGGAAGAUACCGAGAAAGUUGAGCAGGAAACGGACCGUUUGAUGAACCAGGUCGAAGAGGAGGCUCGGGUGGCCAUCGCCCAGGCUCGCGAGAAACUUGAAGCACUGCAGGAGAGGAGAAGGGUA